AGGAGGGGAGGGCUCGGGAGAGGAGCGGGCAGCCCCCUGCAGCUGGAGGAGGAGCGGCCGCCUCCCGAGCCUGAGUGGGAGGAGAAAGUAGGUGAAAGGGCAACCGAGGGGGCCGGGCGGAGCCUGCGGUCUGUCUACAAAGUGCGGGGCUGCGGGGCCUCUUGCAAUUCGCACAGCAGCAGAGGCGAGUCCCCGAGCGGAGGAAGAAGCAUCUUUCCUGCCCAGCCAUGCUCCGAGGUGUGUACAUAGUUGCUGCCAAGCGAACACCCUUUGGGACCUAUGGAGGUUUAUUGAAGGAUUUCACAGCCACCGAUUUGGCUGAACUGGCUGCCAGGGCUAGCCUGUCCGCUGGCAAAGUCCCUCCAGAAAUCAUUGACAGCGUGAUCGUGGGCAAUGUGGCACAGAGCUCUACAGACGCUAUAUACCUGGCGAGGCACGUUGGUCUGCGUGUGGGGGUCCCUCAGAGCUCACCAGCUCUCACUCUGAAUAGACUCUGUGGCUCUGGCUUCCAGUCUGUUAUCAGCGGAUGUCAGGAAAUUUGUCUCAAGGAUGCUGAAGUGGUGCUAUGUGGAGGAACAGAAAGCAUGAGCCAGGUUCCCUACUGUGUCAGAAACAUACGCUUUGGUACCAGGCUUGGAACAGACCUCAAGCUGGAAGACGCCUUGUGGUCAUCACUGACUGAUCAGCAUAUUAAAACCCCCAUGGCAAUUACUGCUGAGAAUCUUGCUGUAAAACAUAAAAUAAGCAGAGAAACCUGUGAUAAAUAUGCUUUGCAGUCACAACAGAGGUGGAAAGCUGCUCAUGAUGCUGGCUACUUUAACAAUGAAAUGGCACCGAUUGAAGUGAAAGCAAAGAAAGGAAAAGAGAUGAUGCAAAAGGACGAGCAUCCCCGGCCCCAAACAACGAUGGAACAGCUGGCCAAGCUCCCUCCAGUCUUCAAGAAAGACGGAACUGUCACUGCAGGAAAUGCUUCGGGAGUGUCUGAUGGAGCUGGAGCAGUGAUCAUAGCCAGUGAAGAUGCUGUGAAAAAGCAUAGCCUGACCCCGCUGGCCAGGAUUGUGAGCUACUUUGUAUCCGGGUGUGAUCCCAAUAUCAUGGGCAUUGGUCCUGUUCCUGCCAUCAGUGGAGCACUAAAAAAGUCUGGGCUGAGCCUGAAAGACAUGGACUUGGUCGAAGUGAAUGAAGCUUUUGCUCCUCAGUAUCUAGCGGUGGAAGAAUCUUUGCAACUUGACCCGAGUAAAACCAACGUGAAUGGAGGAGCCAUCUCCCUGGGCCACCCCUUGGCAGCCUCUGGAUCACGAAUCACUGCUCAUCUGGUUCAUGAAUUAAGACGUCGAGGUGGAAAGUAUGCCGUGGGAUCAGCUUGUAUUGGUGGCGGCCAAGGUAUCGCUGUCAUCAUUGAGAACACAGCCUGAGGACCCGAGGACGCGGCGACUAGAGUCCUUAGCCUCUAAAUGUUUAUUUGCUAAAAAAUUGCCUGAAAGAAAAGUAAUAACCUUCACAUAAGUUUCUGACAUUGAUCUUGUGUUACCAAAGAUACUUCCGGUGGUCCUAGAUGGGGGUGAAGACAGAAGUGGAUCCUGAGGAUGAAAAGGCAAAGAAACCCAUUUAUCCAGGGUGGGCGCCCAUCCUGAAACAAAGCUCUUUCCAGAUUUGGCACCAACAGUAUAAAGUAUAUUUUUGAAGGAAUUUAGCAAAAGUAGGACUCCUGCCUUAUAGCCACCCAACAUACCUGUCUGCCUUACUGCACAAUUGCAAGGCCGUCUUACCAGCAGUUGCCUUAACUCUCUAAUUAGUCACCUGGUUCACUCCUCUCCUAGAAGACAUGUUUUCCAUUUCAUUACAGUCAGAAGGCUUUUAUUGAUCAUUUUUGAAAUCUCAUUGUGUACUAAAGUGUACUAAAUUCACUUCAUAGAUCAUUUGUGACAUUUAUGACCAAAAUCAUCAUGAAAUACCAAUAAAAAGUCGUCUCAAUUUCAAGUCA